AUGCAGACCAUCAAGUGUGUAGUCGUCGGAGACGGUGCCGUCGGAAAGACGUGUCUUCUUAUCUCGUAUACAACCAACGCCUUCCCGGGCGAAUACAUCCCCACAGUGUUUGACAACUAUUCGGCAAACGUCAUGGUCGACGGUAAACCCGUCUCUCUCGGUCUCUGGGAUACUGCGGGUCAAGAAGACUACGACCGGUUAAGACCGCUCUCGUACCCGCAAACCGACGUGUUCCUCGUGUGCUUUUCACUGGUGAGUCCACCUUCGUUCGAAAACGUUCGAACCAAGUGGUGGCCCGAAGUGUCGCAUCACGCUCCCAACAUUCCCACCAUCCUCGUGGGAACCAAGUUGGAUCUGCGCGAGGAUCCAGAGACGAUUGCCAAGCUGCGCGAUCGCAGGAUGCAGCCUAUCACGUAUGCGCAGGGCAAUCAGAUGGCGAGGGACAUUCACGCUACCAAGUAUUUGGAGUGCUCUGCACUCACCCAGAAGGGAUUGAAGGGCGUAUUUGAUGAAGCGAUCAGGAGCGUUUUGGCUCCUGCACCAGUCAAGAGUAAGAAGAAGAACAACUGUAUGAUUCUUUAA